UCUCAAGUCUCACAACCUCCCAUUAUUAUUGCCGAGUCCAUUGUUCCGUUCAAACUCUUCUCCAUUUCUCUCUUUCCAUUUUCUCUCUCCCUCCUAUAUCUGUUCUACUACUAUUCACUUCAUUAACUAACUCUGAUCUCUCAUCUAUCUUCUUCAUUUAUGGCCAACAAAUCUGGUGGUGGACUCUCCUUUGAUCCAGAUCCCAUCUCUGCAGAUAAUAACCACCAUUUUUUCCGUCAACCACACUCCUUCUUAACCCUCCCACUUCCCUCGCCAAUGGACUCUCCGGUCAACAACUCGCCCCCCACUCUCCAGUUCCCCGUCCACGUCCCCUGCGCCGCCGAUCAUCAUAAUAUUGAUCGCAACACAAUUCGCGUCUCCGGUGAAGUGGACUUCUUUGCUCACAAGGACGAUCGCGCCUCCGCUGUCGUGCCUACCGCCGUUGCCGCCGACUUGGAUUUUGAUGUGAACAUUGGUUUGCAUCUUCAUACCACAAAUGCUACCGGUGGCCGGUCAAUAGUUGAGGAUGGCCUAUCACCUACCUCUCAAGACAAUAGAGCUAAGAAUGAGGUAGGAGUUAUUAAAGCUGAAUUGGACAGAAUGAACGCAGAAAAUCAACAUUUAAGGGACAUGCUACAUCAAGCCACAAACAACUAUAGUGCUCUCCAAACACAUUUGACUUCUCUAAUGCAGCAGCAACAACAACAACAAAAUGGAGGUGGCGGCGGCCUAACUGCGCCGCCGCCUCUGAGGCCGUUUAUGGGUCUCGGGGCUGAGGCGGCCAAGGAUGCGUCGCAGUCGUCGUCUGAGGGGAGGAGCGGCGGUGGUGAACCGCCACGGUCGUCUCCGGUGAAUAAUGUGGAGAGCGUGUCGGGAGAGAAUAUACAUAGCUUGGAAAAAGGGGGAAGUAGUAAUGUAAAGGUUGCUAGGACUAGAGGUCACGGUUCAAAAAGUAGUAGUGGUGAUAAUGUUGAUCAAGCUACUGAGGCUACAAUAAAAAAGGCUCGUGUCUCCGUCAGGGCUCGAUCCGAGGCUGCAAUGAUCACAGAUGGGUGUCAAUGGCGGAAGUAUGGGCAGAAAAUGGCGAAGGGAAACCCGUGUCCCCGCGGCUACUACCGGUGCACCAUGGCAACUGGCUGCCCAGUUCGGAAGCAAGUCCAAAGAUGUGCAGAAGAUAGGACAAUUUUGAUCACAACCUACGAAGGCAAUCAUAACCACCCGCUGCCGCCGGCAGCCAUGGCGAUGGCAUCCACGACCUCCUCCGCCGCGAGAAUGCUCCUUUCAGGGUCGAUGCCAAGCGCCGACGGGGCAUCAGUGGCGGCGCUAAUGAACAACUCCAACUUCCUCGCCAGAGCCUUCCUCCCAGCAGGCAUGGCUACAAUCUCAGCCUCAGCACCUUUCCCUACCGUCACAUUAGACCUAACCCAAACCCAAACCCCCAAUAAUCCCCUCCACUUUCCAAGAAUACCCCCCAACCAUUCCCACAAUAAUCAAGCCGCCUUUUCGCCUCUUUUUGGGCAGCCUUUGUUCAACCAAACCAAAUUCUCCGGCCUUCAUCUCUCGCACGAUUUGGAAAAUCAAGCAAUGCAUCAUCAGCAGAACCCGGCCGAGUUGGCCGACACUGUGAACGCCCUGACGUCGGAUCCUAACUUUCCGGCGGCCCUUGCGGCCGCCAUCGCUUCCAUUCUCGGUGGUUCGUCGGUUUCGGACAACACUGGUGCUAGCAACGCCGCCACCCUCGGGAACGACAAUGCCGGCAGCGUUUCCAUGGAAACUACCAAGUAACCGGCCUGUUCCAUGCAUAUUUCCAGUUUAAUAUAUAGUCCCACUUCAUUAUAUUUAAUUUAUUUGUCUUUUGUUCAUUUUCAUUUUCGAGCAAUUGGAACAAUACUUAUACUU